AUGCUCGCACUGGGUUCAAUCCCUCACAGGGGCUUGUGGUGGGCCCACCUCACCCUUUCUGCUGUCGCUGUCUUGUCUGGAUUCCUCACCUUCGCAUACCUUGCAUGCAGACGGAGAACUCGCAAGGUGUGGUUUUGCUCUUUCUCCUGCGUCGUUCUCGCGUCUCUUGGACUUUUCGUGGUCGAGCUGUUGAUGUACUGGACGAUCAUCCAUGCAAGUUUCGAAGAAGUUCGUGCCACCCUCAGAGCGUUGACAAUCUUCACGCGCCUGAUGACGAUGAUCACUUGCGUCAAAGAAGUCGAAAGAGCCAGUGAGACCGGCUGCAAUGAGCGUGACUGCAAGGUACACGAUAGGGAGACUGUGAUGGAGAAUGAUACAACGGUCAGUGCAAAGUUGUUUCUCGACGCUCUUCCCUUAGCAAAGUCGUCUCUCCUGCGCGAAGAUGACUUGGCCAAGACUCUCAACGUGACAUCAACGAUGCCCAGCAGAGUCAAUGCGGCGCCGUCGACCAGAGGAACGAGCCCCUUGUACUCGGAAUCCAAGGCGACAGAUGGCGGGAGCUCAGUGCCUCUCGCCAGGGAUAUCAACUACAUGGAAGGGAUUCAGGCGUUCGACAACUACAUCCAGUCGGCGAAGUUGGAGUACGAGCAGUACCAGACGGCACUGGAGAGAGACAAGGAGCUCAACAUGUCGAGACAGAUUGACUUGAACAUCUACGACUCUCAGGAGGAUCAGGGUUCCUUCUAUUCCGAGCUUCCUCUUGCUCCAGCUACGAGCUCGUCGACUCCAGCUGCCAGGCCGCAGCUUAUGGAGCCCCAGCAGGGGAUCACCAACAACGAAAACAACAGAUCUUCGGCUGCCUCUGAGAGGCUCCACUCGCACAGGAUCAAGAGGAAUCUCCGCAUGGCCCAUCAGUACGAGUUGCCAAUCGACGCCAUUUUCCAGCUCUGA